AUGAUGCUGUUGAGUGGUGUGUUCGGUUUCGGCAUCAGCUACGUGACAACUUGGCAGAUCCAAGUGACUAGUCCUCUGACUCACAACAUAUCAGGCACUGCGAAAGCCGCCGUGCAAACAAUUAUCGCCGCACUCAUUUCAAUGCACCUCAAAUCUUUCCUCUGGUGGCUGGGUAAUGCAAUGGUUGUUGGUGGUUCCAUGGCCUACGCCCAUGUUCGACACAAACUUGCUGUGAAGGAGCAAGAUCAAUCACGUCAUAAGUUGCCAACAUAUUCCAACAAAAGUGAUAGAGAGUUAGUGGAUGUGAUUGCUGAUGGGAAUUCGUCAGAUACUGCAAGUCUACUUAAAAAUAACUAA